UGGGGGCGGGUCUUCUGUAAACAGGAAGUGUGACGUCAGAUUUGUUUUGGAAAAACGAAUUUAGGAAACAGCGACGGAAGAAUGGAGCAAAACCCUGAAGAUUGUAAGCUAAUAUUUGAGAAGGAGGGGGUGUACCUGCACACAAAUGCCAAGAGGAGCAACCAGGACACCACCAUCCCAGGGUUCAUCCGCAUUGUAGAGCGGGCUGGACUACCAGCUUUAGAGUGGAGCCCACUGGAGGAUGAAGGUCGCACUGCCCCUGCUGUACUCUACACCAAAAAGGAUGGAGAAGGAGGGGAGGAGGAUACAAACUUUGACCCCGGGUAUGAACCAGACUGGGCUGUUAUCAGCACCGUGAAGAAGGAUCGAGAACACGUCCCAGUCAAAGACUCAGGUCAGUGGUCGUUCUCUCUGCCUCUCUCAGAGCUCUACUCUCUCCGGAGGGCCCGCUUCUCCUUGGGUCGAAACUUCCUGGUGUUGACUAGUAGAGGGGGCCACCCUCUGCCUCCUCUGCACUUCCACAGAGGAGGAACCAGAGAACUGCUGAGGGCCCUGCAACGUUACAUCAUCCUGGACCAGUCACCGGUUGACGGACGGCUCUUCCUCGCUUACCCUCAUGACUCCGGCGCUCUGUCUCAGUCCUUCGACAAGCUGCAGCUCCUCGAUGACGGAGGCUCUGAUCUCGUCUCGAGAUUUAUCCAAGACCCCUAUGCGACUACGUUCGGCGGAUUCUCCAAAGUCACAAAUUUCUUCAGGGCUGCCAUCCGACCUCCGGAUUCCCCGCUUCACCCGCGUUCUGCUCAGGAUCCUACUAUGCCUCCGCAGGCUGAUGAAGAGCCCGGCUUUGAACUCAUCACCUGUGGGGUGGAGCUUGGCCCCAGACCAGAUGUAACCAGGGGGCCACCUCUGGACAAAUGGGAGGUGUUCUUCGACCCUGAGGGUCGGGUGAAGAACCCUGACAGAAUCAAAGAGCUCGUGUUCAGAGGGGGUAUCACACCAUCACUAAGGAAAGAGGCCUGGAAGUUCCUCCUGGGCUUCUAUCCGUGGAACAGCACUACCAAAGAAAGGGAGGAAAUUCUGCGGGUCAAAACGGAUGAGUACUUCAGGAUGAAGGUGCAGUGGAAGUCGGUCAGCGAAGAGCAGGAGAUGAGGAACUCUCUCCUCAGAGGGUACCGCAGCCUGAUAGAGAGGGACGUCAGCAGGACGGACAGACACAACACGUUCUUCUCCGGGAACGACAACCCAGGACUGACUCUGCUCCACGAUGUGCUGAUGACAUACUGCAUGUACAACUUUGAUCUUGGUUACGUGCAGGGGAUGAGCGACCUCCUGUCCCCUCUCCUGUUCGUCACCCAGAACGAAGUGGAGUCCUUCUGGUGUCUGACGGGCUUCAUGGAGCUGUUGCACCAGAACUUUGAAGAGUCUCAGGAGGCCAUGAAGCAGCAGCUCCUUCAGCUCAGUAUCCUCCUGAAGGCUCUGGACCCCGAGCUAUGUGACUUCCUGGACUCUCAGGACAGCGGCUCUCUGUGCUUCUGUUUCCGCUGGCUGCUCAUCUGGUUUAAGAGAGAGUUUUCCUUCGAGGACAUCCUCACGUUGUGGGAGGUUCUCUGGACUCGUCUUCCUUGUGACAACUUCCACCUGCUGAUCGCCUGUUCAAUCCUCGAGUCCCAGAGAGGAGAGCUGAUCGGCUCAGACCACGACUUCAACACUAUACUCAAACACAUUAACGAACUGACCAUGAAGUUGGACCUGCAGACUGUCCUGCGUGAAGCGGAGGCCAUCUACCUGCAGCUGGUUCAGUGUAAGGAGCUCCCCCUGAAGGUGCAGGAGGUUCUGGGUCUCUACGUCCCGUCCAGCUCCGAGGAGGAAGAGAGUCCGGACUCACAGGCCACCGAGACGCAGCGCCUCCUCAGCCAAUCCCAGGCAGGAGCUGGAGCUGCUGCUUCGUGUAGCGCGGCGGGCGGUCCUCCCCCCACCUAUCCUUAAAUCUGACUGACAGUCACUCAAGAAACAAUGAAGUACGAAAGCGUGGAAGAUAUUUAUACAUGAAGAAAUAUAUAUUUACUGUAUAUGACCCGGUGAGAGAGGUGGGGAAAAACUUGAUUGGUGAAGACUGUUGUUAGUUUUUGUCAGAGGCAGGGGGCGUUGUUGAGGCUUUUUUUCUUUUAAUGUAUAGCCAUGAAUGUUAUUAUACAAGACAACACUAUAGCUGUGCUUGCAGUGCUCUUUUUCUUUGUGUCUUUUUUUUCGUGAUACGACAUGUCCCGUGUCUUGCCAUCCAUUCAUCUCUCCAUCCUCUUUAUGUUCGAUGCUGCUGUUUCACAUUUUCACCUGUUGUUUAAUAAUUGUAUUUUAUUUUCUCCGCUUAUCACUCGUGUUUUAAAUGUACUUUCGGUGCAUUUUGUUAGUUUCCGUUUGUUUUUGACACCUCUGUCCUCUCGCUGCUGCUCCUGUAAAAGGAAGAAGAUGAAGGACCUUGUUAAUACUGUAUGAUGCCAUUCCAGCCCUAUGCAAAGUUUUUGCAUGCCUUAUAGAUUUCACCUGCAGCAUGGUAAUAUUUUAAGCUUUGUAAUUAUCUGUAAAAUGUCAUAACAUUUUCAUCUGCUGAUUAUUACCAAAUAAACAGUGAAUCUUAAA